GGAAAACAACUUUGCAGUUAGUCGGGUUGGUACGGUUAGAGAGAGAGGAAGUCCAAACGGAAGAACAUAGAGAGAGAAAGAGACGGAGGGGAAGUGAAGAGAUGGAAGACGAUGCAGGGCACAGCGAAGAACAUACGAUCGCUCCCGCCGCCUCCAACGCUCCUGAAGUGGGAGAAGUUGGCGACGUGGUGAUGGUUGAAGAAGGCAGCGGAGGCGGUGGUCGUGCUGAUAAGAGGAGCAAAGUUAGGGGACCUUGGUCGCCGGAGGAAGACGUGAUUUUAAGUGAACUUGUGAGCAAGUUUGGGGCGAGGAACUGGAGCCUGAUCGCACGAGGUAUCCCUGGCCGUUCUGGGAAGUCGUGCCGUCUACGGUGGUGUAAUCAGUUGGACCCUGCUGUUGAGCGCAAGCCCUUUACUGAGGCAGAGGAUCGGAUUAUAAUGGAUGCCCAUGCAAUCCAUGGAAACAAAUGGGCAUCAAUCGCAAAACUCUUGCGAGGUAGAACAGAUAAUGCGAUAAAAAAUCACUGGAAUUCAACACUCCGGCGUAGGUACAUCCACCCUAAUUCAUAUAAUAAUAUUAAUAAUACAAAAAUGGACAUCAACUGCAACCUUCUGGACACCACAAAAGCAUCCUCUGAAGACACUUUAUCAAACGGAAACAUCAAUCAGAUUCAGGUGAAAUACGAACAUCAGAAUCAACAAUUCCCUGAGACCACCCUUUCUCGUCCAAUCCCACAUUUCGGAGCAUUUUCCGUUUAUACCCCUCAAAAUGGAAUUCCAAUCCCAAAUGAGGAAUCGAGAACGAAGGUUAUACCCAUACAAGGACCUUUAAAUUUAAUCCAGGCGUCCAAACCAGAAAGCAUUGGGUGUAAAUUUCUUAAAGGGUAUACGGCGGAAUCAGUGAUUCCGUCGAGGUGUGGGCAUGGUUGCUGUUCCGGUGGUGAUUCUCAGGAGAGAUCGCUGUUGGGUUCGGAAUUCGUUGAAUAUGAAGAACUUCCUCCUUUGUCAAGCCAGGAAUUGGCUACAAUUGCUACAGAUCUUAACACCAUUGCUUGGAUCAAAAUUGGGUUAGAAAAACCUACCCAAACAACUUUUGCAUUACCUGCACAAGUUGAAGGACUGAGUUGAAACAAAGGGGUUCAGGUACCAAAGCUUUUUUUUUUCUUUAAUGAAUAUAAUAGGCUUACUUAUAAAACUGAGUUCAGGCGUAUUGGCUUAUGUUGCUAAGAGUUUAUAGCUAAAUGUUUAGUUACUUAAAUGACUUGAUCAGGAUGCGUUCCUUAACCUACAAGGUUUCGUUUUUGUUACAUAAUAUCAAAUAUUUGAAUUGCAUUUGAAACA